AUGGCCAAGGCUAUACAAGAGACGGGACCAAGUUCGCAGCUUGAGAUAAGGUGCGAGGCGUCACCUGUCCGCGGGCCCUUGACAGAAGAACCGGCGGAGCGAGAAAGCUACACAGGGGUCAGUAAGAAGAGGCUGGCCUGCACUAACUGCCGACGGCGGCGGAAGAAGUGCGAUCUUAAUUACCCUUGUUCGAGCUGCCUACGACUGAAGCUCGAAUGCAACGUAAACGAUGAGGAUCUGCGCAAGAAACGGUACUCUAUCACGUACGUUAAGAACCUGGAGACACAGGUGGCGUUCCUGGAGAGUAAGGUGCGAGAGCUAGCAGACACUGUGGCGCUAAGGGACCGUGGGCUAGAGGGGCAACCGCUUGAAGGGCAAAGAUUCAGAAACCUUGCGGGUGCAGAGAGCGCCAUGGAGGGCCACUACCAGUGCCAACAGAUGCUUCGGGAUACCAGUGGUGUUGUUUCCAACGAGAAGGAGCACACAGGCAACCAGUGCGAGCUCCAGCUCAUGCAGCCUGAUAUGGAAUUCGAACGGCCGCUUUCGUCGACAUCACAGUCAUCUGUAUCUCGAUCUUCCGGUUCGCAAUCAUCCUCCAGUCCAGGUGACAACGAUAUACUACGGCGACGGAAGUUUUUGAAGGGCAGUAUCUACCCAGACCGCCCAAUGAGUUACCAGCAAAAAAGCACUCCAGCCGAAAAAGAACUUGGUAGUACGGAGCGCAUCUGUGACCUUCGUACAGCAGUGAUAUUGAGGACAAAGGAUCGCCCGAGCUCAAUGCUCAACAAUGACCCCAAGAUCUUGAAAAGUCUGUCCAAUUUUUACACAUGGUUAUACCCUGGGCACUUCAUCUUCCUGCAUCGGGAGUCUUUCCUUUAUGGCUUUUUUAACAAUAGUGACAGCUAUGAAAGCUCGCGGUACUGCUCGGAGGAAUUGAUCUACGCGAUGGCCGCGGUCGGAUCUCGCCUAUCGAUUGAGUUGCACUCGGAAAGCGAGCAGUACGCUCAGACGGCAAAAGACAGGCUCCUCCGCAUAGUCUUUGACGAGCAAAGUCCUGCAAAGAUUACUACCGUGCAAGCGCUCCUUUGCCUCGCAUUCUACGAGCUCGGUAACGGUAAUAACCAGCUUGCAUGGUCCUUCAGCGGCUUGGCAAUCCGCGUGGGGUACGACAUCGGCUUCCAGCUCGAUCCCAAGGUCUGGGUAACAGACGAAGACAGUUCCGCUCUCAGCGAAAGUGAGCUGGAGAUCCGCUCGCGCAUCUAUUGGGGCUGCUACAUCGCCGACCACCUCAUCUGCCUCCUCCUAGGCAGAACGCCGACCCUCAGCGUUUCCAAUUCAACCAUCCCGGAGAGCGACGAGCUACCUGAAAUAGACGGAACCGAGGACUUCCGCUUCGACAGCAAGUGCGUGCUGCAAAUAUCCUUGCCGCUGAAGAAUCUAAUCAUCCUCUCUCGCAUCAUCCAGAUUUUCACCGCAAAGAUCUUCAUCGAGCCCAGCAACACGCUGCAGCGCAUUGAGUACCUCUUGAAAUUCAACCUCAAGGUCUACCACUGGCGCCAGUCGUUGCCCGACUUUCUCAAGUGGUCCCAGGCCCGCAUCAACGAUCCCGAUAUCAGCACCGACCCCACUAUCUCCUACUUCUGGUACCACUACUACAUCGUCCUGCUGACCUUCAAUCGCCCCUUCGUAGACGCCUGCACAGAGGCCAAGGCGGUUGUGCUUGAGGCACUCGCAGACCUCCGCGCCCUCCUCUCCGUCUUCCGCUGGCGGUUCUCGCUUUCCAAGGCCUCAAUUUACCACCUCUAUAGCUGCCUCGUCGCCAUUGACUGCGCCGACGCCCUCGUCAUGCUGCUCCCUGAUCCACUCAUAACCACCGCCCUCCCGGACCCUGCCGCAGAGCCUUCCUUCUUCCGUCGCGUGCUUCAGGACCUCGCUCCCGCAUACGAUCUCCCUCGCCGCUGCGCCGCUCCGCCGUCCGAUCCCCUCCGCCACCACCUAGCCUCCCUGCACUUUGCCCAUGACUUCUCCCUCUCCGACGAGAUUGACGAUCUCAUCCGCCAAGUCUUUGGCUUCGAUCGCAACCUUCAGCCAGCCCACCAUCUCUGA